GAUGCCACUGAGCACCCUAAGCAGAGAAUGACCAGACAACGGAGUCUUGCAGCUCAAAUGCCAAAAGGUAAAGGGGACACCAAUUAUCAAAACUCAGAAAAUGUGUCUCGGGUUCGACUAAGGGUAUCCAGGACUAAGUGUGAUGAUAUUUUUGAAGAGACCCUCAAUGGAAAUGUUAAUUUGUCAACCUCUAACUCAUGUGGAGUUAGUACCCAAAAGACCACUACUCAUGCAAACAGAAAAACAGUUGCUGGUGUGAAGAGAAGGCAAGAAAAUGGUUUACCUCUCAUUAAUAAAAAGCCUCUGUUGGACAACACAACUGAACAAAAUAAACAUGAAAAUUAUUUACCUAAAGCACAGUUCACUAUAGGUACUGUAAAAUGCGGGCAUGGCAGACCUCCUAAAUCAAAAAAACUCACUGCAGCUCUCCAGCAAAAAUGUAACAAUGCAAAGAAAUCGGGUGGACCAUCUAAUGGUUUCAGCAUGGCCACUUAUUCAGGCCAAAAUGAUUGUGAAGUGGAGAAAACUAAGACAGGCAAUGAGUUUGAACAGGACGACAAACAAAAACCAAAUCAGGAGAUAGAAUCAACAGUAAUGGGGGAAGCAGAUGUUAACAACAAUGUUACACAGACAAAGCAUAAUGCUGACUUUAAAUAUGCCAGCCAUGCAAAGGGACCAAGUAUCCUCAAUCAAAUUUUCCAUCAGACUUGGCCUAGAGUUGAAAGUACGGUCUGUGGGAGUUCUUUGUUGAUUGGUCAGCAACUAACAUCAAGCUUUCAAGAAACAUCUUUCACCCCUCAGAGAUUCCAAGGACUUUUAGGAAAAAGUGAAGAUGGAAGUAGCAAAUUAGUGGUGGACAGUGAACAGAACAAUGAGGGUAUUUGUGGUGUAGAGGAGUCUGGUAAUCACGAAAGGUUACAGUUGUCACAUAUGGAACAUUCAGUUAAAGGAGGAGAUGGAUUUGCCAAUGAAGAGAACUCUGGUAGAGCAGCCAACUUUUUCCAGAAUUGUCAUGAGAAGAGUUGUGAUUUACAAAAGGUGAUGAGAGAAGACAUUCAAGACCAAUCCUCUGAAAUUUCUGUCCAUGCUUUAUCAUCUGAGGACAAGAAGAAGGAUAUUAUGAUGGCAGUUGAUGAUCUAGAUCAUACCAUGUCUCCAGCGAAGACAGACCGUGUGGUUAUCGCCAAUACACCAACAGUGCUGGAGGAAACAGACAUGAAAAAUACUGUGCAAAAGAUGCACACCAGGUUCUGUAUGAAUUCUGAUGGUAUACAAGCAAAAUAUCUGCGAGAUGAACACAAUUCAGAAGCUACUUUUUCUAAUGAGCAUUUAUUUGGGGUGACCACAGGGGACAACAAAGAUUUUCAGCCAGUACGCUGUGGUAACUGGGUGGUUGGUUGUCUUGAGAAUGAGGAAAAGGAGGAUAUAGGCAGGUGCAAAGUGGUUCAGACAAUGGAAGACACUCUAGAGGAUGAAGAAACUGAAGUUCAGGGGGCAAGCGAUAAAGUCAUAGAGGAAAAUACUCUGCUCGCUUCAGAUGGUGGCUGUUGUGAAACCACCAAUGGGGGGGCUGAUGAUGAUAUUGAUGUGGAAGAGGACCAAAACAGUGUUGAGGUGGUUAAUGGACGGGCCCCUCUGGAGGAAGAGUCUAGGAUUGCAGAUGAUUCAUCAAAUACAGCUCUGACACAGAGAGAGACACAAGUAAUAAUAUGCAGAGAUGAUCCUUCUGUCCAAAUUGAUGAGGUAACCAAUCGGUCAUACUCUCACAGCCCCAACGUGUAUAGUGAGGAUGUCUCAGUAGUGUUGUCCACCACAGCAAACUCUUCAUCAGAAGAUGACUGCAACUCAGGAGAAGAGAUUGUAGUAGAUGUUCUAGGGGAUUCUGCAGAAGCUCCAUCAUGGCCUUUGGCAGCUACACAGAUCAUCAGCCUGCCUGUUGAUGGUCUGCAGGACCAAGAGAAUGAGAUGGAAGGGACUGAAGAAGAGGAGGUAGAUGUCACUGGAGAAGAAACUGAAUGAGAUUUCUUUUCAAGUUGGGAGUGCAUCUUUAACGCUUUAAAGUUUGCAAAUGUUUGAGCUAAGCUCUUUGAGGUUUAGGAAUUGUUUUUGUCUAUUUGACAUUACUUUUGAAUUAUCAAUUUAAU